AUGAAGCACUCGUACCUCGUCAAUGGCUACGACACGCUGAACCUGACCAAGCUCGACGUGCUCGACGACCUUGCAGAGAUCAAGAUUGCUGUGAAGUAUCUUGUUGAUGGCAAGGAACUCGAAGGCUUCCCUGCUGACCUGGAGUUACUCUCGAGAGUCGAAGUUGUCUACGUCACGCUCGGAUGUCAACGGACAAACGGUGUAUAG